GUUAACAAUGCUUUUAAACGUGGUACAGGUGAAUGUUGUUAACUAUAUGAUAAAAAUACAAAGGUAAAACAGUAUACUUUAAACAGAGAUAGAAACCAAAAUCAUUGUUGUGUUUCACGGGGUGCAUAUGGUUCAAUGAUUAAUUAUGGGAUACAAUUUACGUACCGCCCAAAUUGGAAUUUGGCAAUAAUCGUGGUAUUAUAUUUAGCUAUAUCAAAGUGCUUAAGCAAUGUUGAACAAAUAGACUGUACUGAGUCAGCCAGGAAACCUAGCGACGAAACGUUAAAUCAAAUGUACAACAACUGGUUAGGACUGGACAACGAUAUUCAUUCGACAUUUGACUUGAUACCACACAUGUAUAAAAUGCGUCACAAAGACAUUAUUCUGGAUGCUCUACCAACGGUUUGGAGACAGAGAAUUAAUGGCCGUGCUAAGUGCCAUAAAAAGUUAAAACGAAAAAGCGAAAAUUUAAUGGACAUGUCUUUGUGUCCUUGGUAUGUGGAAAUGAAUGUCGAUAAGAGCAGGUAUCCCGAGAUUAUGGCAAACGCACGAUGCACAUGUAAACAUUGUUAUAAUUUUGAUGGUAUUAUGCCUGACAGAUCAAAACGAAUUGGGAAACCUCGAUGCAAGGAAAUAAAACAAAAAUUUAAAGUUCUUAGAGUGGAAAAAAAUUCGAGGGGCGCUCCUGUCUGUCAGCGUAACGACACUAACACAUUUUUGUACAAAAAUAGUUAUGAAGAAGUAACGAUCGGGUGUACAUGUGCUCUAAAACGAGAUAGAACAGUGAAAGACAUUCCUACUAAAACUGGAAGUUGAAAUACGGUAUUAUACGAAUUGUGAUAUUCCUUCUUUACUGUUAAAAAGUACUCGACUUUAUAUAUAAAUAUACAUAUAUAAAGAAAUGCUUUUAGAAUUUGAGUGAACAGACUGGAAGUGGAUGUGUGUAUAUGAACACUUGGAGAGAGACUGUGAAUGUGGUAUCCUAUCGGAAUUAGGUUCUUGUUUUUAUGAAUACAGUAGUAUUGUAUGUGCUGUGUGUAGAUUGUACAGUAUGUCCCUCAGGAAUUGCAUUUAACGUUCACCGUGCCCAUCCCACUUUUAAUGAGGCACUUUCUUUUAAACGUUUGUCUUUUUUCACAAGCAUUGAAGUAAAAGUAACCCGGGUCCAUUAAUUUAAAGUCAUGUUAUUGAAUGAAUGACUAUAUACAAAUAUUUCAAGGCGAGUCUGAGAAUAGAAUUAUCAUAAUUCUAAAUGUUGGCGGUUGUAUACUUUUUCAAUAUUUUCACAAUAAUAUAUCAUAUUGGGCAACGAAGCUGUGAUAACUGAAAUUGCAACUUAUCGUAUGGUGCAUUCGGUCAUGUGUAGUAUCACGAAGCUGUGAUAACUGAAAUUGCAACUUAUCAUAUGGUGCAUUCGGUCAUGCGUAGUAUGAUGCAUACAAAAUAUGUUUUGAAUAUUUUAGCGAGAGUUUAGCAAAAUUCAGAAAUAGCAGGACUGGGUGUUCAGUUAAAUACUACCCCGAUAUUAUGUGAACAGACCGAAACACAAGCAAAUCAAAGUCUCAUGAAAUCAUACGUACUAUAGAACAUUUGAGCCGCGCCAUGAGAAAAUCAACAUAGUGGGUUUGCGACCAGCAUG